UCUCACUACAAUUCAAUCCAUUCAACACUUUCAUUCUCUUUCUAUUUCUCUCUCUAGAACCUUCAAUUCUUCAUCAAUGGCGUUUAAGAAAACCCUAACUCAACGUCUCUUAAGCUUAACCAAAAUCUCAUCACAAUCUUUAUCAAAUUGUCGCAUUUCAUCUUCAUCUCUUCAAUCACGUCACCCUUCCUUCGUCGCUAACCGCGACAUUGCGCCAGAGCCGGGAGAUUCUUCCAACGACGGUGUUUUGCGUCGAUUUUUACAUAAGCAAGCUGUUUUUAAUUCUGAACUCCGACCACCGCAUCCAGGUGGUUCCGAUGGCCUUCUCCAGAAACUCCGGGAGAUGGACAUUGCGAGAAACCGGAUCCGGUUAGAUGGAUUAACUCCGCCGGAGGCGGAAAUGGAGGUGGCAACGGAGGAAUUGAAAUCGACAGCGGAAGAUGUGAGGAAGUUGUUGAGAGCGACGCAAUUGGAAGCCGUGAAAUCGAAGAUUCGGAUGAUUCAGCAGAGUUGUGUAACGUAUUCGGAGUUUGUUGAAAUGUGUGGUGAGAAUUGUUCCGAUCAGGAACAAGCGAAGAAGAUUGCGAAGAUUCUAGAUGAUUCUGCAACUGUGAUUAUCUUAGGCGAUGUCGUUUUCCUCAAACCUGAACAGGUAGCAAAAACAAUCCAGGCUCUAUUUCCUGUACCAGCACCAAAGCCAAACGAGGCAGAAACAAAAGAACUCGAAGAAAUGGAGAAACAGAAAGCAACCAUCGACAGCAGAGCUCACACAAUGGCUCGCCGUGAGCUCUGGGGAGGGCUUGGCUUUGUGUUGGUGCAAAUAUUAGCAUCCAUGAGGCUCACAUUUUGGGAACUUAACUGGGAUGUAAUGGAGCCCAUAUGCUUCUAUGCGACAUCUAUGUACUUCAUGGCUGGCUACACAUUCUUUCUCAGAACAUCAAAAGAACCUUCCUUUGAAGGUUUCUAUCAAAGCCGUUUCAGCACUAAGCAGAAGCAAUUGAUGAAACUUCACAAUUUUGAUAUUGCAAGGUAUAAUCAACUCAGAGAUGCUUCACCACCAGCACCCUCUUCCGAGUUGAAUUCAACUAUUGUUCACCCAUUGAAUCAAUUUCAUAGAAAUAUUUGACCUGUAUUCGUUGUUUCCGAUUACCAGUAACAAAAAUCGUAGUAAAAAGAAAGUCAUACAAUAUGAUUACGAUGGUCAGGUAGAAUUAGGCGCGGCUUUAUGUACGAUAGUUACAGAGUCAUAUUUGUUUACAAUUUUGUUAUACAACACACUAAACCUUUUUAAACAACUCAUUCAAUACUUUGCAAUCACCUGGGGCUUAAGUUCUUGGGUGAAUUCUAAGA